AUGAAGUUAUUAAUUCUGAUAAGUGUUCUAGCGUGUGCGUUUGCGGAAAUUAGUGAUUAUCAUGAAAAAAUUGGGAUUCCCUUGGCAAUUCGCCUGAAGAAAUUGGAGCUGGCGAGAGACUUUGAUGGAUCAAGGAUUUUUGGAGGACAUGAGGCACCUUUGGGAGCUUAUCCUCAUAUGGCUGGGCUUGUAAUACCUUUGAGCAUUAACUUCGACUCUGUAUGCGGGGCAGCCCUGAUCAGUAGCACCCGCGUCUUGACUGCAGCGCAUUGCAUGGUCAGCGAUGCUCGCAACAUCACUGUGGUCCUCGGAUCUCGAACGGUAUACUACGGAGGUGUACGAGUUAAAGCAACAGAGGCAGUUAAUCAUCCAGAAUGGGACAUAUAUAAGGGCCUCGCAAAUGACAUCGCAGUUAUGUUCAUACCUCCUGUUACGUUUACCGAUAUCAUCCAGCCCAUUAACCUUUACACGGGAAAUAGUGAUCUAUCUGGUGUCUGGGCUUCAAUCUCUGGAUACGGAAUAACAGGCUCCAGCCAAACAUUAACUCCUGAUCAGACCCUUAAGCAUAUGCAAACGCAAGUUAUAUCUAACGAGGAGUGCCAAAAGAGUUCAAGAAUUCCAAUAUUGGAAUCUAACAUUUGUACGAGAAGUGGUGACAACAAUGAUAAUGUUUGCAGUAGCGACUCUGGGGGCCCCCUGUCCCUUGGAAGCGGCCGUAAUGGAUUCUUGAUUGGAGUUGUAUCUUUUGGGGCAGGCAAUUGUGAGCUUGGUCUGCCAUCAGCGUUCGCUAAAGUUUCCUACUACGCUCCAUGGAUUAUCUCACUCAUGUAA